AUGGGCUACGCCGUGGAGAUGCGCACACGGCCGCAGACUAUUGGCAUUACCCUGUCCGACAGCCCCGUCGGGAUCAUGAUGUGGGUGGGCGAGAAGUACUACGAGUUAGUCGAUCCUAAGUACCGCAAUUUGGAUGACAAGGAUUUUGUUGAUGACCUUUGCACGACGCUCUGUCUGUACUUCUUCACAAGUCCCAUUGUCAUGACGAGCUGUCUAUGCUACACCAACAACGUGAGACACGAAGACUACGUCUACUUCAACACCAAGCCCGAAAAUACGAUCAAAGUCCAUUCAGGUUCUCAAGCUUCAGAUAUGAUAUCACACCCGUAA